UGGUCAAGAGCGGUGCGAGGGACGAGGGGUAUGUUCAUUGAUUUUUUGACGUUACUAGUAGAAAAUUUUCGCCGCACACAAGAUUUUUGAAUUUUGUGUUAUGAAAUAAACUAAUUAAACAAAAAUACACUAUGUGGGUGCUGGGGUUAAAGGAAUAAACACAAUAAGAAACAUCCAUAAUGGAUAUCAAAAUUAAAAUACCCGAAUUAAAAUGUAUGGAUCCAGAGAAAUAUCGAAAAUAUUUUAGAGCCCUUUGUUGGAGUGGGACCAGACGAACAGAUAAAAAACAAUCAAAGAAGUUUAACAAAAAGGAUAGAUUAAAAAGGCUGAAAGGAUCAAAUGCCCUGGCAAUUUGUUAUGCUCCAGCUCUUCUGGCAAAUCCAUCACAUUUUGGUGUCUAUGCUACCGUCCGUAGAACUAUUUUAGCACGCUGUCGGCAGCUACAGGCUGCCACGGCUGAUUUUUCAGAUGAAAGUGAUUGUGAAGAUGCUGCUCCUCAAACUGUUAUUGCUAAACUACCCAAAAUUACAGGCAUUGGAUUACGCACAGUUUUUGCUCUUAUAUCUCAGGCUCGAUUUAGAGAUGCUCAGUUCUGUGAAUAUUCAUUAAAGGCUUUACUGGAUGUUUUGCAAGGCCAUGCACCAGAAGAUUUAGCUCAUGAACCUCAUGAUAUAAUGUCAAACUUACAUAGUAUGUUGGUUGAAAUAUCAAGCGGUAGUGGCCCUUCAGGGCGGGUUGAAGCCCCGUCAACACUUACAUCACUUAGUAGUUCCUGCUUGGUUGCACUAGCAGUCGCUCGUGGAGAGGCUGAACUAGUCCUUGGAGCUGUAACUUCUUUGAUUAUGACUUCAUCUUCAUUAACUGACCAAUACAUACAGAUACCAACAAACUUGACUAUUUUGCAACGAAGUGUUCAAUCUGUGAUUAUUGGACCUCCAUCCAGAAAUUUGUGGUUAAAUUUUGGCGUACCUCAUAAGUCGUUAGUGAACAGUUUUCCAGUGGACCUGCCUCCUCAAUUGACCGCGGGAUCAGGAGAGCUUGUAGUUCGAUCACUUGUUUCUGAUGGUUGCUAUCUGUAUGUUUUUUCUUCAAAAGGACUAUUGAAAAUUGGCUCAGGAUAUGGAAGCUCUAUACGACAACAUGUCUAUUUGUAUAAACCUGACUUUUUUGCUAGUGACCGUCAUGGCUGGCUUGGAUAUUGCCGGAACAAACUGUAUGUGAGGAUUGGAAGAAAAAAAAGUGAAGUACACGAAAUAGAUAAAGAUUCCCUAGAAGUAAAAUGUAUGCUGCGUCUAGAUCCAGGACAACCCGGCCCUAUUGAACCAAAAUCAGCUGUGUUUACUGAUGGCAAUCAGUUAGGUCUAGUUUUGCUCACAAAUUAUGACAAUCUCACGAUAAAGAUGUAUGAUGUCGACACAUCAGCAGUGGAACGCGUUCAAGGUGGCAGAUAUACGUUGAGCGCGAGACGAGAGAUCAAUGUACAUUUACUACGACGACGCACGUUAGUGCUUGGCCGACCUUCGUUUGACGACGGUCUGUCGAGAAGGAUGGUAGAUCUUGAUUCACCAGUUGCGAUGCAGUUGGACGAUAAUGACGAUGAUCCUCUUCUUGGUAUCUGUAGUGGUCAGGAUUUUGGACUGUUAACCACCGCUUCAGGAAAAGUAUACUAUACGGGAAAAGGUACGAGCUUGGGUUAUAAAGUUGCGUCGCCGCAUACUGGUCGUUGGACCCUUAUGAAAGAGACACUCUUUAACAAAAACGAGACCGCAAAUGUAAAAAAGUGCAAAGUUGUACAGGUUGCUUUAGGUCACGAAGGUGUCCAUGCUAUUCUCGUAUUAGACAAUGGAUCGGCACUGUUUACUGGCAUAGCGAGGAGGGGAGAAGAUGGCGAUGCCAAUAAACAUAGACGGACGCCCAAACCGACGCGUCCUAAGAAAAUUCUACGGGCUGAGCGCCAUCACAUAGUGUACGCAGCAUGCAACUAUGGCUCCACGGCACUUGUGACGAGACAGGGCGAAUUGCUCAUGUUCGGAAAAGAUACACAACACUGCGGCGAGACAGGUCUGGUCACCGGGUUGCGUCAUGAAAAUAUCAUACAGGUUGCCUUAGGAAAAGCACACGCAAUUGCGCUAACGAAAUUAGGAGACGUGUAUUCCUUUGGUAUCAACAACAAGGGUCAAUGUGGAAGAGAGUUUGGAUAUUCCAAAGAGAAACCGUAUCCCAAUCGUAACAAUAGUGGCAAGGAGGAGGCGAGGUUGUGUCCGGGCGUGCACUCGUGGAGUGUGGAGUACUGCCGCGUGUGCGUGCUGUGUCGCGAGUGUACAGGGUUCGGCAGCGCCUGCCAUUGCGCCACCUUGCCCAACAGGAUGCCCGGCGAGCGUUGCGGAUGCGGCGAAGGUGAUAGUGGCUGCAGCGUGUGUGGUGUGUGCAGGAGAUGUUCGGAGGCCUCCUCAUCCUCUACUGCGGUGUCUAGACCUGACAAUAAUGAUGUGUCAGAAAAAGAGGCUUCUCAAUCGGAGGGAGCGGGUCCGUCGGUGUCCGGACCGGGCGUGGCCCCGGGCGAGUCCGAACGCGACGCGAGCGUGAAGAUGAGCUGCCUGGCGCCUGCGCGUGUCGUCAUUCCGGGCGGGCAGCGCAUCGUCGCCGUCGCGUGCGGCCUGCACCACACCAUGCUGCUGUCGGAGCACGGUGAAGUGUUUACGUUCGGAUCGAAUCAAUGGGGUGCUUUGGGAGCGGGUGACAUAGCCACACAUCACCGCGUAGUGCGCGUGCGCGUCCCGCGCGUGGCUGCUAUCGCCGCCGGCAGCAACCACAGCGCCGUGCUCACCCGCGACGGAGAAUUGUAUACCUUUGGAAGCUACCAGAAAGGAUCGCUAGGGCGGGCGCGACAGGACGAGCCGCGGUCUGACCGCAGUCCAGUGUGGUACGCGACUCCGGGGCGCGUGCCACGGAUCGGGCCACGCUACGGCUGUCGCGGCGUGUGGGUCUCCGCUUCCGGUGACCAGACUUUCGUGCAGGUGUCGCAGGCGCUCAUCAACACGGACACACUCUUUAGCUCUACGAUCACCUCCAAUUCCAACAGUAUCAUAAUAUUGCCGAAUAGACCUGAACACACUUUCAAGUGCAUUACUAUAAACAAAAAUGAUGGGUCGUGCAACGCCUGGACUGGACCUGAACAGGUCGAUUUUGUGAACACGCUAGCCUGUCUCGAUCCUCUCUACGACGUACUUUGGUGCUAUCAGCCACAGAUGCGUGUCAUGAAAUGCUUCAACAUCAUCGCGUUUGAUUCGCACAAAUUACAACGAUGUUGCUCGAAUGACCCCGAAGCGUUUUCGGAUGCUGAAUUCGAGUAUCCGAAUUACGGAUGUAUGAAGCGUUUGGAGGAUUUUAGACACGUUGAAACUUUUGAGUGGAUUGGUAACAACGACGAUAGAGACGAAGAAAACCAAGUGUUAUCUGAUAUGUCAGUACUUAAUCAAGAAUUGGCUAUCCCUUGCACACCGGGUUGUCAAGUUACUAGGAUACAUGCUGCUUUGCAUUUAUUGGGUUGUUUAGAUUCUCUUACAUACGCACAUGACAACAAGGCCCCUUUAGUGGAGUGCAAACGAGAUAAUAAUGUGCAACCACUAGCCCCGGUAGUUGAGGACUACUUGACAGUUAAUCGUUUUGAAAAUCAUGGUGGUGGAUGGGGAUACUCGGGACACUCGGUAGAAGCUAUCCGCUUCAUGUGUGACAACGAUAUAAAAUUAGGUGGUAUUGGGUUGUACGGUGGCCGCGGCGAAUAUUCAGCAAAGAUAAGAUUAUACGACAUAGGACCGGAUGGAGGAGACCAGGAAGGAGACGGAGAAAUGAUUUUUGAGACAGAUGAGGUUUUCUACGAAUGUGCUCCCAAAGACAAGUACCCAUUAAUGUUCGAAACUCCAUUGCCCAUAAUAGCUUGCCGCUGGUAUGUCGUUUCUGCCACGAUAAAUGGACCUUCGUCAGACUGCGGCUCUUCCGGUCAGGCGGUGGUCAUUAAUGAUGAAGUGGGAUUUAACUUUAAAACUUCGAAGAAAUCGAAUAAUGGAACCGAUGUCAACGCCGGUCAAAUUCCCAGUCUACUGUAUAACCUGUCGAGCUCAGAUCACCAGAUGCCUAUUAGACACUUGGACCCCGGCGAACCAGUAAUAGUUCUUUCUAAAAACAUAUCGAGGAAAGUUACAGUUUCCUGUUUCCGAUCCCUAAUAACACUUUUGCAAUGGAGUUGGAGGACAUUUAAAGACAUCCUACUAGAUACGAACGGUCAAUUACCUAUUAACUACCAAAAACUAAUUAUAAUGAAACACCAAAAACGAUUGGUAUAUAUCAUGAGAGCUGGAUUACGAUUGGUAAAAUCUUACAUAAAGGAGGUUUAUCCGCAAAGUAUAAAAAAGAGAAAUUCACCUGAUUAUAUGUCAUAUUUCGAGCCCUUAGCCGACGCUAGGAACUUCAUCCAGAGUGUAAUGGCAGAACCAACGCCUACUUGCGCCGCACUACCUCGGAAACAGGGUCGUAGUAAAGCUCAUAGAAUAUGCUACGUACAGUUUGCUCUGGAGUUAACAAACUCUGUUUUGAAGGAAGCGCACGAAACAUUCAAUGCCUGCUUUUACGCAUUUUUUCCUACUCCUAUUCUUAAAUGGAACCAUCUCUGCUUAAUGCUGUGUCACGUUAGGGAUGGUAGUGUCCCUCCAGCUCAGAUCCGUGAGUUGACAGCCACUUGCGCCGCAAUGUGUCUGUCUCAGAGCCUCCAUGACGUGUUGCAGUACAUUGUUCCUCUCACUCAAAGUCAGGCGAACCUCCAAGAAACGCGCCGCUCUGAUGUAAAGCAGGUAAAAGAAGUACCUUGCAAAUCAGCGACAGUACCGCGUUCAUCACAUACACAGAAACCACCGCCUGUGCCACCUCGAGCGAAGGAUAUUCAGAAAGCUCAAGAGAGUAAUGACAAAUCGAGCUAUUUAGAGUGGCAUCUUUUAGAUGUCGUUCCGCGUCUGUUGGAUGUGGUACUAAACCCUAUCAAGCAGCAAAUAACGCAAAGGCAAUGUGCUCCUGCGCAUGAUCAUGGCGAGUUGCAGACGCAGGAACGCCUCGCGGAGUACUGUUGCAAACUGACGGCUCGCAUCAUUGCCGAAAUGUCAUUUAGUGCUCUGCAAUGUGGCAGUAAGGACGAUUCCGAGUCAAAAUCACUAAAGCAUCUCGUAACAGCGUCUCGCUUUAUGCGAGUGAACGCAACGCGCACGUGGAGCACCGGCCACGGCAGCCCGGACGCAAUCUGCUUCACCGUGGACCGGCCCGGAGUCGCGAUCUCCGGCGCCUGCGUCUUCGUAGGCUCUGGCAAAUACGACUACUCCAUAGAGCUUUUACAUGAUAUGCGAACGAACUCAGAAGAUGCUAAUCCCACGCACUGCUGGGUGAGCGUCGAAGCUAAAGAGGGAUCCUUUAAUGCAAGCGAUGCACAACACGAUAUGGUGCAAUUGAAAUUCACGAGACCUGUUCUACUAAAGGACGAUACGCGGUAUGCCCUGCGCUACUGUUGUGAAGGUGCACGUACCGCGAGCGGAGACUGCGGGCUGCCCGCCGUCACAGGACCGGACGGCACGACCUUCCAGUUCUCCUCCUGCUCGCUCAGCUUCAACGGAACCAACCUCGCUCGCGGACAAUUGCCGUCGCUUAUUUAUUACAGAACGAAAUGGGUGGAUCGCAGCAACGAGACGGCGAGCGCGGUGCCGCUGAACGCGGGGCUCGUGGGGCGCAGCGCGGAGUCGGAGUGGGAGCGCGGCGCGGCGCGCGAGGCGGCGGCGGCGGUGGCGGCGCUGGUGGCGGAGCGCGGCGGCGCGCUGCUGGCGGCGGCGCGCGCGCUCGCGCCCGACGACCUGCGCCGCGCCGCGCCCGCGCUCGCCGCCGCGCCCGCGCUGCACACGCUGCUGCCCUACGCGCUCGCCAACCUCGAGGGCCUGCAAGACUCCAAGAGUGUAAUUAAUUUGCUGGAAAUCGUUCAUAAAUUGCUACCCCACGUAGCGGAAAUGAACCUUAAGAUGCCAAGCAAUGACGAUAUUCCCUCGACUACCACUAGCCAAUACUACACAUGGAUAGAAAGCGAUCACCCGUACAAGCAAUCAGCUGUGAUCAAUAAAAGAGUUUUGUUUCCGCCACAAGUAGCAUGGAUAAUAUUAGAAAUGGACCCACGUAGCAUCACCGCUCAACCAGAAGACACGCUCACUAUAUACGCAGUGGCCGGCGCGCCAAAACACCGGUGUCAUUGUGCGAACGACACACACACCGCAGACCCACCAUUCCGCAAGCGGCUAAUACAACUGACGUCAGAGACUGGUGAGGCGGAGGAACUCGAAGAGACCAGCUCUGAUGCACCAUGCAUGCAUUACAACUGUACAUACGUUAGUGUCACACCUAAACUGUCAAAUAUCCACUCGGACUGGCCACAAGAAGCACUUUUGGUACCUGGCAAUGAAGUGAUUUUCUCUUUGGAGACUGCAUCAGAUUAUUUAAAUGAAUAUAAUAAAUCUAAUAACGAAGAAAGCCGCUUCGGCUACCGGUGCUUGUGCGUGGGUUACGAGGACGGGACGCUGUCGGGCGGGGUGGCGGGCGGCGGCGCUAGUGGGUGCCUCGCCGCGCUCGAAAUGGAGCUCGUGCACCUCGGAGCCGCGUGCGCCGCGCGACUGCUCGCACCCGACCUGGAAAUACCGCCCCUCACUCAAGCCACGAUAUUCGAGGUACAAAUGCUCGCGAUGUUGACGGGAGGCUGCGAUAAGAUGGGCGCGGACGAGACCGAGACACUGCUGCUAUCCCGCGGGCUCGAGACCGCCUCUCCUCCGGCGAUACACAGCGUGCUGGACGGCUUCCCACUUUUAAGGAACAUAUCGACUGAGCGGCAGUUCCUGUCAGAUUUCGUAGCCGGAGCUGAGAGCACGGCGGGUGGACGGCUGGCUCAGUGGCUCGCACCAGGCCCGCGUGUGGAGCCGUCGCGGUGUGAGCUGAAAGCGCCCCUUGUACCCGCUCGGCCGGCUGUUCGAAUGAAUCUACCGAUAAUCAUCAGAGACCAGUACGGAGAUAUUGUCUGUUCUCCGGCCCUCAAAGUAGAGGUGGUCGUUCAAAGGUUAGAAGACAGUAUUCUGCGCACUAAUCAAGCUGCGGUGUCCGAACGUCCCGGCAGCUUGUCCGACGUGCCGUACCAACCAACCGUGCGAGACACUAUGUGGUUUCAUGCUAUAACGAUGAUGAAGCCAUAUCAAAACUAUUCGUUCGAAGAGUUGCGUUUCGCGAGCGGCGCGUGGGGCGGCGCGAGUACAGUUAUAGAGGGCCUGGGCGGGGGCGGCCGCGUACCCGCCGAGCGGAUCGUCGUCGACGGACAGCGCGAUGGCUCUUACGUCGCAGUGUGGGUGCCACGCGCACCGGGAAACUACCUCUUUCGAUGUACUUUGGAUGAUCAUCCAACGUCACAGGAUUUAAAAGUGGAGGUGGCAGAGUGCGACGGCGAUGAUCAGCCGACAGAUCGCUGGCUGGGCGCAGCCUCACACCGCCUGCGCCGGUUCGCGUUGCUCGACAGUGCAGGCCUGCGCGUGCGCACCGGGCCUAGUUUACAGGCCGAAGAGCUGGGCCGCGUGCCGGCCGGGGCCUACGUCGCCAUCGUCGAGGAGGUGGCAAAUAAAGACGGUACAUGGGUUCGGCUAAGCCACGAGACAACACAGACGUACGUUGAGGGCUGUUUGAGCGUGGCUUGGUGUCUGCAGUAUAACAGCCAUCUCGACCGCACGCUGCUUGUGCCCAUUGAAGAUGAAGAGGCACAGGACGAAUAUGCAGUGAAUUAUGAAGUACUGAAUGAAGCCAGAGCUGUACUUCCGUUAUGGCAAGAUGAUGAACCUAACGCACCAAGCAGUGUAAUCCGACCAAAUAAGAUGACUCUUGAGUUGAUACAUAAUGUUAUUUGUGUAGUUACAGACCUGAGCUCUGAAGAUCAACGUUUUCCUUUCUCAAUACAAUGUGAUCUUGCUAACGAGAGCGACGGAAGCACCAGCCCUUAUAUGUUUGGAGAACCGAGCAAGCGUGGACGACUUCUGCGUAAUCAAUCAACUUCCAUGCCUACUCCAAGACGUAUGCCGCGCCGCAACAACGGUAACAGCGGGGAGUGGUGGCCCAUGAAGCACUGCUCCAGUGACAACGUUGCCGCGCUUCAAGAGACCGAUAUUCUGGAGAAAAAGGAAGGAACCCCAGCAGGCCGCGUGGCGCAGACCGGCACGCAAACCUCACCUGACAGCGUCGUCGAGGAUGUCGUUAAUGCUCACUAUGACACGCCGAAGGACUGGAACCCGAAGCGGCUGUCGUGGGAGCGCUUCGUGCGGCCGUCGCGCAGCCGCCGCAGCGCGUCCCCGCCCGCGCCGCCCGCGCGCCCCUGCCCGCCGCGCAAGCUCGCGCUCAGCCCCGCUCAGGCGGAGUGCGUGCGCGCUAUCUUCGCCGCGCUCCUUUGGCACGAAGGUAUAGUGCACGAUGCGAUAGCCUGCGCUGCGUUUUUGAAGUUCCAUCCGCAGUUGCCAAAAGCGGGCGCACGCGUAGUGACGCGACCGUCCCACGACGCGCCUCCGUCGAGGCCUCAGCGACACUCCGUCGAAGUGUCCAAUGCAGGACAAUAUUUAAACAUAAAUCCGUCCACACUUGAAACUUUGACGCGCUCCGGCAUCGAGGCGAAUACGAGUCGAGCACACAUUUCCGAUAUAGACGUGCCCAUCCGCGAAGAAGAAGCUGGUGCCUCGACAGGAAAUGAAUUUUAUAUUUCAUCAGGUCCGUCCGUGGUAAAUGUCUUACCUCCGGCUUUGCGUGCGCUCGUCGCCGUCUGGGAUGCGUUAAAUGACGCCGAUCAAUUGAAUGCUGCGACUGAUAAGAAUAAAAAAGAGAAUUCUGAGAAAAACGAAAAUGAAGAAUCAAAAUUGAGCCUGAUGCGUAAAAAGAGAGACUAUAAAUAUGGUAGAGCACCGCUUAUGGUUCGUUGCGAGUUGUGCGGGGGCGGAAGCGUCCCCCCUCCGCUGGCGGCGCACAUGCGCCACAUGCACCCCGGCUGCCGCGCGCCCACCAUCCGCGGCUACGACCGCUCCGGCCAGUACAAGCAGGCGGACUCGCUAGUGAUGCCCAACAACGACGCGCCCGUCUCCGAGUGCGGACAACUCUCUCAAGCGUACCAACUGUGGUACAUAUACUGCGAGAAGUGCCGCGAGCGCGCGCUGAAGGCCAUCGCGCGGCAGCGAAGCCGGGCGGGCGCGGACGAGCCGCGGCCCGCGUGCGUGGAGCGCGCGCAGCCCGACCUCGAUCACCACGCCAUGCGCGACAACGCCACCUUCCUGCUCGACCUGGCCCCGCUCAUCAAUUCCGAAUCUACAAAUAGUUCCGGUUGGCACGAAGUAGGUGGCCGCAGUCCACCUACACCACCCGGUAGCGUGUGGCAGCCUGCACCACCUUUCCAGUGCCUAUCGGCUCUGGGCGCUGCACCUAAGAACACUGCUCCCGUACCCGAUACAGCAAGAUAUCAUUCCCUUGGGAGGCCGUUACCGGCAACUUUGAUACCAUCAACAUCGGGAACGUCGAGCGGUCAAUGGGCCCGGGUGCCGCGCUCCGUGUCGAUGGGGCAAGCGGGUGGACGAGACCUCGCGAACGCGGCGCGCCCGCCGCAGGACAACGUCGAACCAGUUUCUCAGGAGACACUUUCUGGUAUCGGCUCAUCUCUGUUAGCUCAACCAAGCGCGGCUCUACAGAAAUUAGUGGGUGGAGCCGAAUGGCAAAGUGAUGGCUGUGCAGUUUCUGCCUUUGAGCCGCCUCAAGUUGACAUUGAUAUGAUCAUGCGCAGUCCAGUACUCAGUUUUAUUCUUGCAAAGCGCGAUCUGCCGUCUUGUAGGCAGAAGAUCGAUGCUGCUGUUCGGAUAAAUACAAUCAGACAGUAUGCUUUCGAAGCAUUAAACUGGCUGCUUCGCUCGACUUCUCAACCGACGAGUGUACACGACGUCAUGUGGUGGUUUUGCGAUGCGCUCGACAAGUUUGCUCGCAUUGUUCCUCCUCCACUUUCUUAUGAAGACAACAAAGAGAAUACAGGCAACGACUGGAGUCGAUGUCCUAUUCCGACAGCGUCAACGGCGGCUAUCUGUCCCGGUGGGCGAGCGGCGAGGGGCGCGCGCGCUGCCUUCCAUUCGUUUCUAGGCUCGGUUAGCGCGCUGGCGCCCUCGCUACCACCCAACAGCGCCGCGGCGCUGCAGGCUGUGCGCUGCUGGGCGCUGCAUUACUCGCAGCAUGACAGAGCAUUUCUGCACCGCAAGAUCUUGUCACACGCUGAGGACAGCGCGUACGACGAGGGCAUGCUCGGUGCUCUCCAAGAGAGCUAUCAUAGCUACCUUAGCAAGCAACAAGAUUUUAUAUGGAGCUGUCCUGACGUGACCGGCUGGUGCGAAGUAAGCGUGUCGUCUCGCACUGGCAUGGCCGGCGCUUUGACCGAUGGCAGCACUGAGACCUUCUGGGAAUCUGGGGACGAAGACCGGAAUCGAGCGAAGUGGAUACAACUCUUAUACGCUGGUCCCUCGCACCAGGACCGACCACACGUUCUCUGCGUACACGUGGACAACACGAGGGAUACCAUUAACAAGACUUUACUAAUGUCAUUCCUGUAUAGCGGUGGAUCAAGUGAAAUGACUCACAUGCAAGAUAUUGAAGUCGAUCCCAAAGCGGCUACGUGGGUCUGCUAUACGUUGCCGAGAUCAUCAAGUUCAUCUGUGCGCCUGCGAUGUGAGCUUCGCGGGCCCGAGAACGCGGUGCGUGUGCGACAGUUACGUGUGCUGGGCGCGCCUGUACUGGUUCCCGAACCACAGGCGCCGGCGCACCCUCUCCACACACUAGCUGAAAGAGACACGCUUCGUGUGUUCCGCCUGCUGACGUCACAAGUAUUCGGCAAGCUACUGGAAUGGGAGCAAAGUAGCAGUGAAUCAGGCGAGGGAACCACAGCUGAAGAGGCCGCAGGCGACGACAGUGACCUGCGCGAACAUGUUGUUGGUAUCCUCUUUGCCGGACACCAGCUGACUUCUCUACAGCGACAGGUGAUGUCGCACAUCGUGUUCGCGGUCGGCUGCGAGGCGGCGCGCGUGCGCGACGACUGGGAGACGGCGCUGCUGUGCGCGGACGCGGCCGAGCGCGCGCCCGACCAGCCGCCGCGCCCGCCGCUCGUGCACCACCUGCAGGACAACUACUGCUUCGAAAUGCUCUCCCUGUUGCUGGCACUGAGCGGCAGUGCUGUAGGUCGCGCACAUCUCGCUCAAAGCACCGAAUUGCUAGCAGACCUGCUGGCGCUGCUACACACGGGCAGUGAGCGAGUGCAGAGACAAGUAAUAUCAUUACUACGACGGAUGAUCGCUGAGGUACCGCCGCAAAAAAUGUUAGCUGCUCUUAAUUAUGGCGGAGAUGUGACUAGAGUCACACUAAUAGACCACUUAGUGUGCUACGUCGGCAAGGCUAUAACGGUGCAAGUAAAAGUUAAGGGUGGAGGCACUAACAAUCCGAGCACAGUCACCUUGGGAAGUAGCGUUACUCCGGCGCCCCCGGCCGCUUGGUUCAUGCGCGGAGACACUACUAAGAAGCAUGCACAUCUUGUUGCCAAGCUACUUACGGACAUGGCCGAGGACAAGGUGUCGGGUUCGUGGGGCAGGGACACGCGGUCCGCACUGGUGCAGUACGUGCGCGCGGUGGCGCAAGUGGAGGAGGCGGAGCGGCGGCCGGCGCGCUGCGUCGCGUCGCCGGUGGUGUGGCUCGCGCUGGCGGCGCUGUGCGUCUGCGACCACCACCACAUGGAACUUAUGAACGGGUCAAGUGAGGUCCGAGAGCCACGUGGACGCGAUUCGGUAGCGGAAGUCCGAUCGCACUGCACCAACCACGACGAUGGGUCUACGCUGGCGGUCAUCGAGUGCCGCUCGUGUGGCCCGCUGUGUGCUGAGUGUGAUCGUUUCCUCCAUCUUAAUAGAGCGGCGCGCAAUCAUCAACGACAGAUAUGCAAAGAGGAAGAGAGCGCAAUACGCAUCGACAUACACGAAGGUUGCGGGCGGGCAAAGCUCCAUUGGCUGUUGCUACUCGUAGAUCGACGCACACUUAAGGCCCUUGUUGAGUUCAGAGGACUGGAGGGUGCUGGAAGCGCACCUAACGAGCCAGAGGGCUCUAUCGGAAUAGCUGGCACUUGUCGUUUUUGCGGGGCGAGGGGCAACUCUGGACUUUUGGCUAUAGGAAACGUUUGUGCCGAUCAACAGUGUCAGGAGCACGGGCGCGAAGCGUGCACGCGUUUGCACGGUUGCGGGCACGCCUGCGGAGGCGUGCGCGAUGAGAAGACUUGUCUUCCUUGCCUGUUUGGCUGCGGUGGCACGGAGUCGUUGCGGCAGGACGCGGAUGAUAUGUGCAUGAUCUGCUUCACCGACCCGCUGCAAGCCGCGCCCGCUAUUCAGCUAACAUGUGGCCACGUGUUCCACUUACACUGUUGCAAGAAAGUCUUGGCCAGCAAAUGGGUUGGACCCCGCAUUACAUUCUCUUUCUCACAGUGUCCCAUUUGCAAGGAGGAUAUGACUCACUGGGCGUUAGAGGAGCUCCUAGCGCCGAUCCGCCGCCUCGCCGAGGAGGUCCGGCGCAAGGCGCUGAUGCGGCUGGAGUACGAGGGGCUGGCGGCGGGCGGCUCGAGCGGUCGCGCUCAAGACGACCCCGCCUCGUACGCUAUGGAACGCUACGCUUACUACGUCUGCCACAAGUGCGGCAAGGCGUACUUCGGCGGCCUGGCGCGCUGCGAUGCGGAGAGCAGCGGCUGGUGGGAGCCGACGGAGCUGGUCUGCGGCGCAUGCAGCGAUGUCGCGGGCGCGCGCACGUGCCCCAAGCACGGCGCCGACUUCCUCGAGUACAAGUGCCGCUACUGCUGCUCCGUAGCGGUAUUCUUCUGCUUCGGGACGUCACAUUUCUGUAACGCGUGCCACGACGACUUUCAACGAGUUACCAACAUACCCAGACAUUUAUUACCACAAUGCCCUGCGGGACCGAAAGGCGAGCAGCUUUCCGGUUCGCCGGAUGAGUGUCCGCUCCACGUGCAGCAUCCGCCCACCGGAGAGGAGUUCGCUCUCGGCUGCGGAGUGUGUCGUCACGCACACGCCUUCUAAGCCGACAAUCCGACACUCCGACCCUUCAACACUCCACAGCAACACUCGUAAACUCAAUAUCAAUAAGGGAUUACAUACAGUUAGGAGGGCCAAAAAGCGAUUUGUCAAGUUAUUUUUUUUCUGAAAAUACUCAAGUUUAUUUAUUUAAAAUAAACUAGCUUGUUAUAAUUUGAUGGUGGUCAAUGUCGGUCACCGUUUUUGAAAACAAAGUUAUGAGAACAACGCGCUUAAAGUUUUAAAAGCGUUUUAUAUAGAGUAAACAAAUUAUAUUUACAACUUA